UAUGGUUGUGACACAUGCAGAAUGAGAAUAAAAAGGUUCCAUUUCUAAGGCAAAGGUCAAAUUGAAAGAGCAUGAUGUCUCAGUAUUGACAACACAAAUUAUGUUUCGGUGUAGAUUAGUGGGUCGAUUAAGUCUUUCCUCUAAUUCGCAAAUACAGUUUAGGCUUUCCUCAAACCCUCCACUUUCCAGUGCUGGCUUCAUAUUGUUUUCUAAACUUCAUUAUCUGCUCCUUUUCUUUUUAAUGGUUAGUGUCUUCAAUGGUGUAUUGACAUUUGCUGAUUGGCUGUGACAAACACUGUGGUGAGUGGUAACAAUGUGAAGCCGACGUGAAGCGGCUUAUUCUUUCUCUCUCUCUCCCUCUCUCUGACUGCCACCCCCACUCACCCCCAUGUGCCCCCACCUUCCUUUAAUGAAAGGAGCUAUUGUCUCUGGCCUGGAUUGAAAAACCCUCACAGUACUUUUCCUUUGAGCUCUUUAAAACUUUGCCUGUUCAGAUGAAAAGCGAUUUGCUUGCGUACGUACAGUAACUCAUGCAUGCUCACGCUGCUGCACACAAAUGUGAACACGCACAAACUAGAACACAAUAGACGCAUACCUCCUGCUCACACAUGCAGUGCGGAGAGCAGUCACAUACACCCGUACUGACACAUGAACACGCAUGAUGCGCGUGUCAGACGGCUCCUUGUGUGCACAGAAAUCUCAGAUUCCAGGCCCUCUUAUCCGCUGGCCACCCAGCAAAGCCCCACCUCUUCCUACCUCCUCUGCCCUCCUAUUUCUUCACAUUCACACAGGCUCCGGUCACUGACCGCUCUGUGUGUAGAGGCCUGUCAAAAUAUUGACAGAGUAGCCUGUCCUUGAUCUGUGCUUUGUCUCUGGAUGGGACAAGUAAACAUGGAGCAUAAACCUAAACUUUGAUGAGCUUUGAGGAGUAUUGAGGUCAUAAGGAAGCAGACGGUGCAAUACAAGCUGGGUCAGCCCUGGAGAUCCUGCAGCCCUGGCUCGAUUUCAAGAGAGGACCAAGGCAGCCACUCUGCCGACCCGAUCUUAUUCAAGCUUCCCAGGGACAGGUCGACUGCAGAGACGAAUGGAUUUAUGGAAAAUGGAGGAUUUAACCGUUGACAGCUUCGAGCUGCUUUACAGCGGAGCCGUCGAUAAGAUUAAAAGCCAUAAAAGUAACCUCAACCUCAAGGAGGAGCUGAGGAAGCUGCGGGAAGAGACAAAUGUGGACUCCCUGCGACAGGAGCUGGACAAGGAGCGAACCAAGAGGAUAGACCUGGAGCAGAAGAUGAAUGAGGUGCUCAAGUCCAGACUGGAGGACUCUCCACCACAGCCUCCCCGGAAACAGCAGUCGCCCUCCAACAAUGGAACAGCAGAGAAACAGCAGAAGGAGGUGUGGAGCUCACGGCUGCAGAAGUGGCUGCACGAGCGCUUCGGGGUUUACAUCGAAGACUUCCGCUUCCAGCCGGAGGAGAGCACCGUGGAGACAGAGGAACCACUAAGUGCAAAAAGGUUGACAGAGAAUAUGAGGCGACUCAAGCGAGGAGCCAGACCUGUCACCAACUUCUUAAGGAACCUCUCUGCCUUAUCCAAUUGGCACUCUGUCUACACCUCAGCUAUUGCCUUCAUUAUCUAUAUGAAUGCUGCAUGGCAUGGUUGGGCCAUUCCCAUGCUCCUCUUCCUGGCUAUCCUGCGCUUGUCCUUAAAUUACCUCAUCGCCAGAGGUUGGAGGAUCCAGUGGAGCAUAGUGCCUGAGGUGUUUGAACCCAUGGAGCCUCCAAAGGAAGACUUGACAGUGUCUGAAAAGUUCCAGCUUGUACUUGACGUUGCACAAAAAGCACAGAACCUUUUUGGUAAGAUGGCAGAUGUUUUGGAGAAGAUAAAGAACCUGUUCAUGUGGGUGCAGCCGGAGAGCACCAGGAAACUUUACAUCUGCCUGUGGAUGGCUUUCAUCACCUCCUGCGUCCUGCCAUACAAACUGAUGGGCUUCAUGAUUGGCUUGUAUGCCGGCAUCAAGUUCUUCAUCAUAGACUUCCUUUUUAAGAGCUGUCCGAAGCUGCGGGACAAGUACGACACGCCUCACAUCGUGUGGAACAGCCUCCCCACCGACCCCCAGCUAAAAGAGAGGACCAACGCCACUGUGUCACGGCGGCUCUCUGGCAUUGAGAAGGUCCAGCCGAUAGUCUCUCGCAGCAGCCUCGCCACGGUCCCAUGUGGGGUGAGCAGAGAGGAGGAGACUGGUCGCUCCCACAGCACCAAGAAGGGAGCCUUUCAUGAGAUUUUCAGCCUGUCAGAGUUAGAGCGCCCUCUGGCCGUGUGUGAGAACGGCUGGAGGUGUUGCCUGAUAAACCGCGACAGGAAGAUGCCUACAGACUACAUCAGGAACGGAGUGCUUUACGUCACAGAAAAUUACCUGUGCUUUGAGAGCUCCAGCUCCAGAUCCAGCGCCUCUAAAAAGAACAAAGUUAUUAAGCUGGUGGACAUCACGGACAUACAAAAGUACAAAGUGCUGUCGGUCCUGCCAGGAAGUGGAAUGGGAAUCUCCAUAGCAACUCCCUCCACCCAGAAGCCGUUGGUGUUUGGUGCCAUGAUCCACAGAGACGAGGCUUUCGAGGCCAUCUUCACACAGUACAUGAAGAUCAUGACCACCACCAAACCACCAGCCAGUGCAGAGCUCUAGACAGACUCCAUCCCUGCAGCGCGUCUCUGCACUGGGGCUUCAGUCUGAGGCAGAGAGCCUCCUGAGUUUGUACUGGGAUGGCAGAUACUUUCCAACACCACACUCCUCUGCUCUGCGAAAGCCUGCUCCUUUUGUGACGGGCACCAGCUUCCUCAUUGGUGGCCAUCAGCCGGCUUUGAUAGGCGGCUUCUCUGUCCAGGCCACGUCUGAGGGGAUAUGGGGGUGUCGUCUGGAUUUGGACAUACUUUGUGGGUGUGUGGGACAAUGGAACAAAUUUUCCAGGGAGAGGGGCUAAAGUGUGAUUUUUAUCAAUCAGCAGAUGGCUGGUGAGGGGGCUGGUUCUCCUCUCCCAACUGACUGACCAACUGGUGACUGGUGUCUGACUUACCUGUGUGUGUGCACGUGUGUGUGUGUGUAUUUUGGGGGUGGGUUAAUGUCACUGUGGUUCGCUAUAGUAGGAAGAUUUCAAAAAGUGCUCCACCUGGCUGUAAAAAUCAUAAAACUAGAAAUAGUAGAGUCCACACCUCUGCCAAGGCCCUGCAGUCCCCUUUAAAUUCAAUCAAGCAGCUCCAAAUUACACACACUCAUAGAUGUCAGUCCCCUUAAUAUGCCUGAUAUUUUUCACCCAGAUCAAUGAAUUAUUUUAUGGUUAUUAAAUGCAAAAUUGAUUGGGUCCUUCCACCAAGUUUUGUGGAAAUGCAUCAUGUAGUUUUUACAUAAUCGUGCUGACAUACGAAAACAUAACUUGGCAGAUGUGACAAAUAAUAGAAACUUAAACUGCCAGAUUUUAUAUAUCUGUAAGUUUAGCCUGAUAAAUCAGUGUAAAAACGGCUUAUAGUCAAGUGAUGAAAUAUUUUGACGUUAAACUGGAUGAUUGGUGCCUCUUGGAAUGGCUCAACAAAACUGAAAGAGUGCACAAGUGUGAGUGGACAGUGAUUUUGUCUGUGUGUGUGUUUAAAUGUAUAUUAGCUGUGAGAGUGUCAGAUCACCGUUUGACUGACACAGAGCCUUUCUGUUAGUUUACACUGCUGCUGUCUAACUCCUGGAUUCCCCCUCUGCUUUUUAGACACGUGUCGGCAGCUUCAGAACACGUUAGUCACCCAACGAACAGAAAACACGCGCUGCAUUCAGUAUCCGCUUCUGUGUUUUGUAAGUGUGCAUAUGUGAAACGUACAGUGAGGUUUUUUUUUCUCAACAAAUGCCUUUAUUUUAGAAUUUUUUUUUUUGUUUUCUUCGUAACAAACAGCCUUUGGGAUGAGCAGCUGUUGGUCCUGGAGAUGAGAGCACAACACUGACUGCCAUUUAGAGGCACAGUGGAGAACACAGCCUCCCAUGUCUAAGCUUCUGUUUUCAAGGCACAAUCUGUACACGUAUUCCAAGAUUUUCUUUUUCCCCCCUCAAUAGUAUUCUACCUGCACUUUAUUAGACCAUCACCUUGAAUUUCUGACACCUGUUGCAUUGAAUAUACUUCAAAUCCAAUGUCAGUGUUUGCAGAUAGUUUCAAAGCUGCCAUAUAGUUGUUUUUGUACGGGAGUCGGCGCAGGUCGGGGCAGCUCAAAGCGCCGUCUGAGCACUCUGUAUUAACGCAGGAUUGAUGUCGACCACAGCGAGGAUGUUUCUCUGAGUCAGACGACCUUCAAACCCCGAGCCGUAAAAGAAGAAGGUACUUUACCUUGAGAACAAAAUACUGGCAGAUUACUGUCGCGUCACGGCCCCUUCACACAUUAAAGUGUUGAGGUAUCUCAGCCCCUCAAAUAUAAACCCAAGCCUCAUCCGAAACAAGUGCAGAAAUAUCUGUUAAAGUCAACUUCUUCUUAUUGGCUGUUCCCACUUAAAGUAAAUGCCAGCUGGUGAGGCUGUUCGAGGUUAGAUGAGCUGUUUUCAAAAAAUCCCAAACCAGGAUUAUGAGCUACAAAGACAUGCCUAAUUGUUUCUUUCAUUCGUUCUCGUUUCUGCUUAUGUGUAACGCCACAGUGAGUCGAGACUGUCAUCUGGGUGCUCUUCCACUUUGUUCCAGAUCCUCUAAACCUAUCGGCUUUGUAUGAAGUAUACGGAUAAAUGUCUAGACUGAAUAUUUCACCGUCACUUUAUUUUAAGACACCGUUCGCGAGCAUAAAGCCGGUCUUUGCGAUUGCGGAACGGUGCGAUAUGUAGAAGUAUAAUGCCAAACUACAUCGGACACUUGACUGUGUUUUGUGAGACGAGUUGUAACACUGGAGGUCUUGAUUAAUCUUCAGAUUUUAUGAUGAGAGACGGUGGGGUGGCUGCUCCGCCCUCCCAUCACUUAUUCACUAAAAGCCCAGCAGCACAGGCUUUAGUUUCCUUGUAAAUCUUACAAAACACGGUUCAAAGGGAGACCUUGACUUUUAUUUUCAUUCACUGAACACGUCCUUCUAGUUUAACAAUCCUUAAUCACGUCUGUGUCACCCUUUCUCAAGAACACCAGAUUAUUUUCAGCUCUCUGCCCUUUAGUACUGCCCUUGGUCCAAAAUGUCAAGGUUUCUCUUGAAGUCUGUUCAAAUCCUCAUGUCAUCAUUAUUAAUUAUAGUCAACGGGACUGGAUAUGAAGUUGCCAGAGCUGCAACGGACCAGUUCAAACCACUUUAUUCGAGUUUCUCAUGGGUAUUUAGCCUGUUAUUUAAUAGGCUGCCUUUCCACACAUGGAUGUGUAUUUUUUUUGUUUAGGAAUAAAAUUGAAUCCAUGAACGGUGGAAAACCCGAGCAGAUGAAAUCAGUGAAUGCUGUCUCACUGUGUGAUUGGACGGCUCGUCGUAGUCUUAAAGCUUUUUACCUGAAGCCUUUUGUGAUCUGCUAACUCUGAAAACCAGCUCUCCGGGCUUCGCUGACCCCGACGAGGCUGCGCUCGGGUAAAGCACAGAAUGUAUCACGUCUUUUUUUUUUCUUUUUCUUUUUCUUUUGCCAAAUCUUAAAAUUUCUGUCUGCCAUAUUCUGCCUACGCUCAUGUUUACAGAUGCUUGUAAAUAUUAUUUUGUUUGUUUUUAAGAAGCCAGUUUGAAUUCCCUUGACUCUGGAGUUAUGAAGACUGGACGGCUACACUGUUGUUGAACUAAUGUCUCAUUGGCUCCGCACCACUUGACUAUCUCUGCUCAACCGACAGGAAACUCGAACCAUAGCGACAGGAGCAGUAUUUAAAAGCGCAUACAGCAUGUAAACUGUCAUAUCCAACAUCACGGUACUUGGUUACGUUGCAGUGUAACACCAGAUUCACAGGGUUCACACAGAGCAGAGAUGGUCAUGAUGGACUGAAACGGCAACAUUAGUGUUUUUGACGUUAAGUUUGUUCAUUGUGACUUGAUGCACCUUUUUGAAGAUUAUAGAGAAAGACGAAUAGAGCGACAGCUUGAUACCUAUUGUUUUUAAAAGGAACUAGAAUGUGUGCACUCUACUGUAAUGUGCACUAGAAGUGUCCUGCAGUGGCUUAAAGAAACCGUUUUAGUAAUUUUGGAAAAUUGGAUCACUUUGCUUUCUUGCCAGGAAUUUGAUGAUGUUGCUACUGUCACGUCUGCACAAAUAAAUAUGAAGCUAAUGACACGGGAUGAACUCUGGAGUCGCCACUUUGAAAUCGUUUUCCUACAAUGGGCAAGUGUGUGGUUUUACAUUCUGGCAAAAUCAACUAGUGUGUGCGUUCCCGAAGAUUUGUAAUUACAAAUUGGUUUAACCUGUCAUUAUGUCUGUGGUUGAAAAUCCUCUCGUGUGCAGCAGCUCUCCAUGUGUGCCUGUCAUAGGAGGUGUGCAUGAGUUCCAACAACAAAGUUUGUUAGGGGUUCAUAAAACACUGUUUCCAUUUGUUGACUUCUCCUCCAUUGUAGAUUUUAUUACCUUUGGGCAGAGCUAGACUUAUUGUGUCUGACUGUUUUCAGACACUGUGUUGAGCUAAGCUGACCAACUGCUGUUACUAGCUUCAUAAAUAACCCUGCAAGAAAUGCUCCUUCUCCAAAAUGUUGCAAUAUUCCUUUAAUGCCAUGAAUGGCCAGAUACAUAACGACUGCCACACUGUGUGUAUCGCUACUGGUGAACGAUGGAGAAAGGUUUGAGGAUGUUACUGCCGUCAUAUUCAAGGAGGGACUGGCUCAAAAACAGUGGUGUUGUCUUUUCAAGGUCCCCUCCAUUGAAGCUGGUGUCCUCGCUGUUGUAUUAAAUAUGUAGUUCCUCUAACUGUGUGUAAAUGUUAGGUAAGGGUUUUCCAAAAAGCAUUUCAACAUACAAACACUGAGUGGACAAAGUGCUCACGUCUCAUUCUAAAAUGAACAAAUUAACUGUGUGCACCUGACAUUAUGAGGUGAAUGUAAAAGCUCGAAACGAAUCCAAACUCAAGGAUUCAGUCCUUUUUUUCUUUUUUCUGGAUGGACACAGAGCUCAUGAUAUUUGGUACAGGCAGUGAAUUUCCAAUUAAAGUGUUACUGGGAAUCAUUACAAUGAGUAAAUCAUUUCUCAUUUGUGACGGUCACUGUAAGGCCUUUUUUCUUUUUUUUCUUUUCGUCAAAGAGGAAUUUGUAUACAGAUUAUUGAAAUGUACAGUGAAGAAAAGGAAAACCACUGAGUUUUUAAAAGACAUGUCUAUUGUAAAGGAUAAUGUGAUGUACAUUUUUUAAUUUAAGUAAAUGAAUUUAAGCUAU